AUGUCAAUUUUACAGCUGAAUACGCAUGUCCUAAACCCCUUUUCACUACUGGAUAUUCAAAGAGAAACUAAAGCCGAUCCUAUUCUACAAAUACUUUCAGAGUUAAUUACUACUAAUACCUGGCAUAAACUAUUACAUCCGAAUUGCCCGCCAGAACUAAAAAAAUUUCAAAAAGAUUUACUUGCUUACUGUAAUAUACGCCAAGAACUUACAGAAAUUACGGUUCGAAUUGUACAUUCUCUGGAAAUUACGGUUAUACAGCUUGCUCAUAAUAGUCACAAGGGACUUGAGAAAACCAAAUCAUUACUUAGAGAAAAAGUUUACUUUCCUGGUCUAGACACUAAAGUAGAAGAAUAUGUAAAACGAUGGGCAAUUUGUCAAGCCCUUGGUAAACAAAAUGCCCCAGCAGAACUAUUAAUCACACCGACACUAGAGGAAGUUUGGGACACCGUUAAUAUAGAUUACCUUGGUCCUUUACCUAAUGGAUUUUAUGUGGUAGUCCUUAUAGACCAAACAUCAAAAUUUCUGGUUGUCGAUAUUAUACAUAAUACAUCUGCUGACCUCCUUAUUGAUUUUCUACAGAAAACGAUUGCAGUAUAUGGAAUACCGAAAACGAUUGUCAGCGAUAAUGGACCACCUUUUACUUCAUUCAAAACAAAGAUGUUUUUGAACAAACUGAAUAUUCAACAUAAAGGAAUCACCCCGCUUUGGCCGCAAGCAAACUCACAAGCCGAAUCCUUUAUAAAACCACUGAUUAAAACAAUACGAGCAGCACACAUUGAACGGAAAGACUGGAAAAAGCAGUUAUACAACUUCCUGUUUUCCUACCGUACCACACCCCAUUGCACAACCCGAAUACAACCAUCUAAACUUAUGUUUAAUCGCGUUACAGGUUUUACAAUACCUUCAUUCCAAAUAAGGGUCGAUACAAAUAUCAAUGAUCAAGCCAAAAAGAGACAAGAAAAUGCUAAGUUAUACAGAAAAAAAUAUCACGAUUUAAAAUACCACGCAAAAAAUCCAAAUUUAAAUAUCGGGGAUACAGUACUGAUAAAACAAACAAAAUAUAACAAAAUUACGGCACCAUUCAAGUUCAAACCCUACACAAUUACUGCAAAGAAUGGUACAAUGAUCACUGCAAAAUCUCCCGUCGACAAUUCUCAAAAAACUCAAAAUGCUUCAAACAUGAAGAAAGUACCAAUGGAUAUACAAUUUAAUUCGAUACCAAUUAAAGAAGAGAAAGAUGAAGAAUACCUCCAGAACGAACCAAUUUUUCCAGAAAAGGAAAUAACAGCUACUAUGCCGACACAACUAAGAAGCUAUCAUCAAGAACCAAUUCUGAAGACAUAUCCUAAAAGAGAAAGACGUCCUAUAGAAUUAUGGAGGAAGUAUUAA